UGUUUAUGUAUCAUUUAUGGAAGGAGUCUCCAGUGUCAGCGCUUUGUAACAGUAAGAUUCCCGACAUGGGAAAGUCUUCAGGACAGAGGAGUUUACGCUUUGUGGUUUCUCGCGAUAUGGAAGAUGACGUUCUUGAGGAUGACUCUCUGACAGCCCUGAAUGACACUUGGGAUGAAGAGCUGGACGAUGACCUUUUGCGUAGCGACGAGGACGACCUAACCACCAGAGGUGUGAGCUCACAUCUGGAGUUUGGGGCCGAGGCUGUACAUCUGGCUGAGGAAGUGAGAGAGCAGCCGGCAGAUGACGAAGAUGUUUUGGACGUCCAAAUCAAUGAACCUCUAGGUGAUGCAUUUCAAGAGGAUUCGUUUGGAGAGCAGGAGAGUGAUGAAUGCCAGAAAACAGAGACAACGGCCACCGUGAUACGCUUAUACUCCAGUGACGUCAGGAAGAAUGCUGUAGAAGCUCUCGAUGCACAGCGGAGCCGAGUGAAGGAGGUGGAGAAUCCUGCAGGAGAGGGACAUGGACGUAACAUCGGUACACAGUCUUCUAGGCCUUUUCCUGUGCAGCCUGACUUGGGGAGAAUCUCAACAGUGCCAGCUUUCCCAGGACAGCAUAUGUUUGUUCAGCAGCAGGCCGGCUCCGAUUCUGCAGGGGUCAGCGAGCUUCCACAGCGCCCCCUGGACCUGCGAGAGACACGCCCAAAACGAGCUGCGCUCCAUCCAGUGUCCAUCUCCACAGCUCAGAGUGUACUCUACACACAGCCUCAUAUGUGUGUGUACGAGCCUCUCAGUACAGACCAAAUCCCACCGCCACCUCAACCUAAAGCCCCAACUCUCAUCCACCCCCAACCACGCAAUAUCCACCAAUCACCUGUUGGCUCCUGUGAGGUCCGUCCUCUUCCUCGCUACCCAACCUUUCCGAGCGUCCAAUCACAGAGAGGCAUUCGGGAUCGCCCCGCCCCUUCGUGCAUGGCGGUCAUCAGGCCCAGGAUGAUUUCUCCUGUCUGUCCUCGUGAUGUGAGUGACGCCCCCGUCCUGGCCCGUAACACUCCAUUCAUUAGCACCACGCGGCUCCGGCCGGUUGCCAUGGGGAUGCCCGGCGCCGCUAGCCAUCGGGUCAGCGCCAGGGCCGGGUGGUGUGCCAGAGCCGCGCCAGAGCCAACACCGACUGACAAAAAGCAGGGUCAGGAGGUCAAGAAGGAUUUCCCAUCUCUUCUCACUCCUCAUCUCCUCAGCCGGCCAGAGAGAGACAGAGGGAGACAGCUGCCGUGGGAACGUAUGGAGUGUUUCUUUCCUGAUGAUGAUGAUGAUGAUGAUGAUGAGAAGGAGGAAGGUGUACCUGAGUGGUACUGGCUGUGUUUGGAGGAACAGAAGCGUCUGAGAGAGCAGAUCAUUAAACAGAAGGAAGACAGGAGACUCUUACAGGCCAGGAAGAGGAAGCAUGAGUUUCCUCCUGACCCUCAUCUACGGGUUCGGUUCUGCUCCCAGAAACCGCCGCUUCCUCAGUUCUCCUCACUGCUCCUCGAAUAUCCCGAGCCCGAGAUUCACACCUCCACGUCACGCUUUCAUUCCCACUCGCAGAAUCGGAUCGUGCUGCCUGCGUCCGAAUCCGAGCAUCAGUUAAAGGUGAGAGUGAACUUUCUAACACACGCCGAAGACGCCGCUCGGAGACAUUCAGAUACGAAGCGUCGCGGCACGACAUGGGCUGGAGAGGUUUCAGGACACGCGGGGAUAAACCGUGGGAAGAGGAAGAGGAUGAUGAUGAAGGAGGAUGAAGACGUGGCCGUGAGUUGGACGUGCCCGGCUCAGCUGAGCGAGAACUCCAGAGUCGUGACCUUCACUGGGCCCUGGACGCCUCACACACUCGGGGAGCUCCGUCCCAGCCUGAGGAGACGAGGCGCAUCUGUGAUCUCUGCUUCGUGAUGAGUGUAGAACCAGAGCCUGUGGACCAGAACCAACAGAACCAUCUAAAUAAUGACACCGUCAGAGAAGAGCAGAACAACUUUCAGGUAUCUACAGCACUGAAGCAUUCUGGGAUACGAUGAACCUUCUGCUACUCGUCCAGCGUUGCGUUUCUAUACAAUUAUACAGUUUAUAGAUUAAUGCUAGAAUUCCCUUCAGUCAGAACAACGCAGUCACAGUUGUGUUGUGUAAAGCAGCCAUUUUGUGUGUUUAGAAUAAAGUAUAAUGUGUGUAAGUGUUUAAAAUAAACCAGAAGAGGUUUAAUUAGUGUUAAGGGUGUUGGUUGCAGUGGUCACUUGAAGAAUUUGACAAUAAACAGCACAAAUUUCA